AUGCCACCCGCCCUCAAAGGCAUCCUCCCUGUCCAUUUCGGCCCCUUCAUCGUAACCACCCAGGUAUUCCACCUCACCCCCUCCUCCUUCGCCCUCGUAAACCUCAAACCCAUCCUCCCGGGCCACGUCCUAGUCUCCCCGCGCCGCAUAGUCCCCCGCGUCUCCGACCUGACCCCCUCCGAAACAACCGACCUCUUCCUCACAGUCCGCCGCGUAGGCCGGAUGAUCGAGCGCGUGUAUGGUGCGAGUAGUCUGAAUAUCGCGAUUCAGGAUGGGGUGGAUGCCGGGCAGAGCGUGCCGCAUGUGCAUGCGCAUAUUAUUCCGAGACAGAGGAGGGAUUUGGAUCAUCUGGGGGGUACGGAUGCGAUUUAUGAGAUGUUGGAUGGGGAGGAGGGUGAUGUGGGGAGGAUUCAGAGGGAGGCUGUUGCUGCUGCGCAGUUCAGGUCUGGGGAUGGGUCGGGGUCAGUUACUGAGGAGGUGAAGCAGUUGGCGCAGGAGGAUGAUGGUGGUGGGAGACGGACGAAUUUUCCAGCUGUUGAUAAUGAUGCCAGGAAGCCGAGGGGUAUGGAGGAGAUGGAGGCAGAGGCUACCAUGUUGGCAAGGGAGAUGGAGAAGGAGCCGCUGGAUUGA